UUUUAGAAGGUGGAGCUCCAGAGCUUUAUAACUCUGAGGCAUAUCUGUUCAACUUUUUUGCCAGAGAAGAACUUCCACUUAGCCUGGGAUUUCAGAGGAACCUGAGAAUUUAUAGCCAUGGCUGGAAAACCCAGGCUCCAUUACUUUAAUGGAAGAGGCCGCAUGGAGACCAUUCGUUGGUUAUUGGCAGCAGCUGGAGUUGAGUAUGAAGAACAAUUCAUUAAAUCAAAGGAAGAUCUUGAAAAAUUAAAGAAAGAUGGAGACCUGCUCUUCCAGCAAGUGCCUAUGGUGGAAAUCGAUGGCAUGAAAAUGGUGCAGACCCGAGCGAUCCUCAACUAUAUUGCAGCAAAAUACAAUCUCUGUGGGAAGGACCUCAAGGAGAAAGCAUUAAUGGAUAUGUAUAUCGAAGGUAUUAUGGAUUUGGGUGAAAUGAUCUUGAUGCAUCCUAUGAAGCCAGCAGAUGCAAAGGAAAAAGAUCUUGCACUGAUCAUUGAAAGGGCCACCACCAGAUAUUUUCCAGUCUUUGAAAAGGUCUUCAAAGAUCAUGGGCAGGAUUAUCUUGUUGGAAACAAAUUCAGCAGGGCAGAUGUUCAAUUGCUUGAACUUAUUUUAAUAACAGAAGAGCUCAAGCCCGAUAUUCUAUCAAAAUUCCCUCUUUUAAAGGCUUACAAAGGAAGAAUAAGCAACAUCCCUACAAUCAAGAAAUUCUUGCAACCUGGUAGUGCCAGAAAACAACCAAUGGAUGAAAAAAAGCUUGCAGAAGCAAUUAAGAUAUUCAGUUGAAUCAAGACCAUGGCUAAUGUAGCUACAAGCUAAAAUUGGGACACUCUUCGAAUAAAUUUUAAGAAGCUACCCGUAUACAAGCAUAGUUUCCAGACAAACUACAAUGUGGAGUUAAAUGUACAAAAGGCAAAAGUGAUGGCAACCAUGUGCUGCUACACUAAAGCACAAUAAAACAUUCUUCUAUGCUGAUA